AUGCCCGACCUUGGUCGUCGUCGACCUCCCACUUUCGCAUAUUCCAACCCGUCACCGGUUCCGGUUCCGGCUCACCUCACCAGCGUACAUCAGCAUGCUCCUCAUGCCCUUGUCAAGCGACGCUCUGCUCAUCAAAUUCCACUCACACUUAUAGACCACAACACCACUGACAACCAAUUGAACCCAGCUGCGGCUGUCCACCACUUGCAAGCCUCGGUUCGCUGCCACAAGCCGUUGCCAUCGGUGCCCAAGGACGUCGAUGCGGACGAUAGCCUCGACUACGACGGGACCGAGCUUGUUCAUCACCCUGAACCCUCCCCCCUCGAUCAAGCCGACUCUGACCUCUCCAGCGCAUCCGCCAGCGCAUCCGCCAGCAGCACCACUUGCACAACCGCCUCGUCGUCCAUGGAGUCCAACUGGCACGAGACUUCGCUCCGCAACCAGGUUGCAAAACUUGACAUUCACUACUCCGACGUCGACCUUGCACAGACCGAGCCGCCAAGCGUAUUUGGUCUUCGCCGUCGAGUCAUCGCUGCUGCGCUAGACCACGUCGCACACCGCAGCCUCGAUGAUGCCUCUGCCCAAGUACCGAGCAGCCCCAGGCAGUUCCAAGACAAAGGCUUGUCGGACUGGCUCACAGCUCAGCAGCCCAACAGUACAUGGAAGCCAAAGUUGCUGCGCAAGAAAAUCUCUUUCGGAAAGAAGCAAACAAAGCCAGCUUUCGCUGUGGCAUCUUCCAUCUACGAUACAUGCCAAGCGUCGCCAUUCUCAGACUCUGCCAGCCGCAGACGAGCUAGCUCCACCUCUGGCUCGAUUUCUUCGCACGACAAGAUGCUCAAACGCGACAAGGAGCUCACUGAACGCGAAGUCGAUUUCGACCUGGUCGUCUUGAGCCGCUUUGAAACAGCCGAGCUCAAGAUGACGGUCUACACUGAGCAUCGCCAGGGCAACUGGGUGCUCAAAGGCCCUGCACCGGCUGGAUCAACGAUGCUUGACGAGCCACCUCUGAUUUACAGCGCUUGGGACUGUGCAAUCGACAGUCGCGCCAUUGUCCAGCGCAAAAAGUUGCGUUCAUACGUUGAGCUCAGCGAUACUACCUGUGCAGUGCGCUGUACAAGCUGUAGCAGUGAACACGCUCAGCAUCUCGGAAACCCACCCGAAACGUAUCGUGUCCACUCGGGAGCCACAAUGGCCUGCAAACACUGCCAAGGAAGUGGCGCUGUACAGGCAACCUACGUUGUCUGCGUCACACUGCGCCAGUCGAAUUUUCUGCCACUCACCAUGCCUGUACGCCACCAGGCGGGCAAACGGCAAAACGCAUUCCGUGCCUACCUGCCAAGAACGACCAAAGCCAUGUCGCAUAUCGACGUACUUCGCAUGCGGUCUAUCGAAGCUGUGCGCUCUUGCGCACUUCGCGUGGGUCGUGCACAUCAUAGGGAGCACGACGCUCGACUGCUCAUGGCCAAGGCUGUGCUCGAACGUCGUAGCUGCAACAGCGUCGCCGUGAUCAAUCGAGUCAACGGCCUCUUUCGCACGUUCGACGUGACCGAUGGCGGCUCGGUUCGCGGUGGCGCCGGUUUGAUCGAAGAAGAGAGCCGUAUCAUUGAGACGCACGAGCUGACCGAGGCGCUCUCUCGACUUGCGAUCACUAGGAUGAUUCACCCAGAGGCGACGUACAAAUUCUUUGAUUUGGAACUCGUCGACAUGGCCACGUCCAAGAAUCUCAGCUUGACCGUAGAGCAGAGCCGAUCGCCGAGUAUGCGGACCAUGGGCAGCAGCGGUGAUGAGUCGUAUUCACCAUCGGCCUUUUCGUUUUUCCAUCGUGCUCAGAGUUCGAAUUUGUACGGUAGCAGCGGCUCGCGCGAUUCAGAGACACUUCGCGGAGUGCACCUCAGUCAUCCCGUGCCACCCACGCGUGUGCCUGAUUCGGAAAGGCCGCAUCGAGGGCAUAGCUCCACCAAGAGUGUUUCGCAGACGCUCUCAUCGGCCACUUCAUCAUCUGCAUCGUCGCUACGAUCCUUCAAUUCUGCCCAACAACGUGCAAGCACUACACCUGACGCCAGCAGCUUUGGCAUGCUCAGCAAGCCAUGUUCCAUGGUCAAGAGUGUUUCCACAGGCUCCGCUUGCACUAUGCUGUCUGGUAGCAGCAGCAUCUCGGCUCAAACCGCGCAGAGCUGGCAGACAGCUCCUGCGCGCCAGCCUCAGUAG